AACAUCUUCACUGGGCUUUUUCCAGGAGUGUGAAACAUGAGUCCCAAAGCAAAGAAGACAAGUGUUGCACUUUGCUGGGCCACAGCUCUUCUUCUGACUUGCACUUUGAAGGUGGACUCUUACCGUCUGAGGAAGGCAGAUCACAGGAAAGAUGCUCCAGAGGUCAAGGCCGCAGGCCUGAGGCGGGGAAGAAUUGUAUUUGGGAAGAACCCUCAGGCCAUGGAUGCCAAGACAUCAAACGCGUCUGACAACAAUUACCAAGCUGAUGUUCCUGCAGCACCUGUGCAGCAGGAAGCAUCAUCAUGGAGUUCUCUGUAUUGUGCUGCUGAGCAGAUGAAGCUGAGGGUCCAAGCACCAGGACUUCAACACAUCAGUGUGCAGCAAGCUAAUGGCCGUCCUUUGCCUUUGUCCCUUGUGCCUCCAACCUGUGGCUACAACAUGCUCUGGAACUCUGGUGGGUUCCUCAUGUUGGUUCCUUAUGGUGGCUGCCACAUGCUUCAACAGGGGGGAAGUUUUGUGCUGCCAAUGCUUUGGCAGGAACUUCCUGUGUCUCUCUGGUGCCCCAAACCUCCUCGGACAACUGCAGCGCCAUCAGAUCUUCAAGUCCAAGUCCCUCCUUUUCUGCUCCACAACCCGGAGAUGCGUACUUGGCCCCAGGCCCGAGUUGCACCCGCUGUCCCUCAGAGCCGCAAGUCGCCCUCUGAAUCCCAGGUCCAAACCCUCCCCUCUGGACCUCAGUACAGCAAGUUGCCUUCAGAGCCCCAGGUACAAAUGAUCCAGCCCGGGUCGGACUUCCCCGUGGCCGCUGUACUGCAGGACCCUAAGUUACCCAGUGACCCCCACGUCCACUCCCUUCCCCCUGGGUCUCUACUUCCCUUUCCACCAUUGCCUCAUAACUACAUGAUGCACCAGGUCCCAAUGGGGCCCCCAGCAUCUCAGAAACCCUACGUUCAUCAACACCACACGGUGCCACAAGUGGGUCAGUACUCGCUCUUCAAUCCUCAUGCCUGGCACUUUGUGGGAUAUCAGCCACCUCCUGGGAAACACCCACCCACCCAGAAGGACCCCAGAAAUCCAGGAAUGCAGUCACAUAUUCCCUAUUUUCACUGGCAUCAUCCUCACUACCCUCACUACCCUCCCAAUGACCCUCACUACCCUCCCAAUGACCCUCACUACCCUCCCAAUGACCCUCACUACCCUCCCAAUGACCCUCACUACCCUCCCAAUGACCCUCACUACCCUCCCAAUGGCCCUCACUACCCUCCCAAUGGCCCUCACUACCCUCCCAAUGGCCCUCACUACCCUCCAAAGCAGACUAGAAGACCAGGACAAACCACAACUGCAGCACCUUUCCAGAUCCCCCCAGAGCUAAUUCCCUCUUAUCAGGACUUCAUGGCGAUGCUUGAUGCUCAAUGAAUGUGGCUCCAAUAAAUGUGUUAAAAAAAAAAGCU